AUGCUUGUCUACAUCUCCCGAGAGAAGCGCCCUGGUUAUGACAACCAAAAGAAGGCAGGCGCCAUGAACGUGAUGCUCCGUGUCUCCGCGCUCCUCUCUAACGCACCCUUCGUCAUCAACUUUGACUGUGACCACUACAUCAACAAUUCGCAAGCUCUCCGUGCCCCUAUGUGCUUCAUGCUCGAUCCUUGUGACGGUCAGAACACGGCGUUCGUCCAGUUCCCGCAACGGUUUGACGACGUCGACCCAACUGAUCGCUACGCCAACCACAACCGUGUCUUCUUCGACGGCACCAUGCUUGCGCUCAACGGCCUCCAAGGGCCUACCUACCUCGGCACCGGCACCAUGUUCCGUCGUGUCGCACUCUAUGGCAUCGAGCCGCCACGCUAUAGAGUAGAGAACACUAAACUUGUGCGUAAGACCGGUGAGUUUGGUUACUCGACGUCCUUCAUCAACUCGGUGCCGGAUGCCGCGAUCCAAGAUCGAUCUAUCACCCCGGUGCUGGUCGACGAGGGGCUCAGAAAGGACCUAACUACCUUGAUGACAUGCGCUUACGAGGACGGGAGCUCAUGGGGGAGAGAUGCCGGGUGGGUGUACAACAUCGCGACGGAGGACGUGGUGACAGGAUUCCGCAUUCACCGGCAAGGGUGGCGUUCCAUGUACUGCUCCAUGGAGCCGGCAGCGUUUCGCGGAACGGCUCCGAUCAACCUCACCGAGCGCCUCUACCAGGUGCUUCGGUGGUCCGGCGGGUCCCUUGAGGUGUUCUUCUCCCACAGCAAUGCCCUCAUCGCCAGCCGCCGGCUCCACCUUCUGCAGCGCAUCGCCUACCUCAACAUGUCGACGUACCCGAUCGUCACGGUGUUCAUCUUGUCCUACAACUUCUUCCCGGUCAUGUGGCUCUUCUCCGAGCAGCUCUACAUCCAGAGGCCGUUCGGCACGUACAUGGCGUACCUCGUCGCCAUCAUAGCGAUGGUGCACUUGAUCGGCGUGUUCGAGGUGAGAUGGUCGGGGAUCACCUUGCUAGACUGGUUCCGCAACGAGCAGUUCUACAUGAUCGGGGCGACGGGCGUGUACCCAACAGCGGUGCUGUACAUGUUGUUGAAGCUCGUCACGGGAAAGGGGAUAUACUUUAGGCUCACAUCCAAGCAGACGGAGGCCUGCUCCAACGACAAGUUCGCCGAUCUCUACACAGUGCGGUGGGUGCCGCUGUUGAUCCCGACCACUGCAGUCAUCAUCGUCAAUGUCGCGGCUGUCGGGGCAGCAAUAGGCAAGGCGGUGACAUGGGGCUUCUUCACAGACGAGGCGCGACAUGUGCUUCUCGGGAUGGUGUUCAACAUGGGGAUCCUUGUGCUCCUAUACCCAUUUGCACUUGGCAUCAUGGGGAAGUGGGGGAAGAGACCCAUCAUCUUGUUCAUUGUGUUGGUCAUGGCCAUCAGCGUCGUCGGGCUCUUAUAUGUCAUGCUGCACGCCCCAUACACAGGAGAAUGGUCACAAGUUGCCGUUUCUCUUGGGAAAGCAUCGCUGACCGGGUCAUCUGGAUCUGGGUAG